AUGAGUGGGGAUUCCAGCGACGCCCUGGCAGGAUCGUUGUCUGGAUUUACUGUCCGUGCUAUUACUCAACCGUUGGAUGUUCUUAAAAUAAGAUUUCAGGUGGGCAAGGGCAGUUUCCCCGAUGAUUCCUGAUCCAGUAAUGACUUUUUUGGUUUUACCUGCGAUAGUAUCCUUGAGUCUGUUCUGUUUUUGAAAUAAGGCACCGCUCUGCAUGUCUUACUCAUGGUCAUAUAAGACUAGAUUUAAAUAUUUGCGUCUUUGCCCUUGUAUAUUCCCUGCUAGUUCCUGGCCCCCUCGUACGCGAGGCUGCCACGGGGGUUAGGCGGGGCCCACGUCCCCUCCAUUCAGAUCAUAUGAAGUGUCAGGGGAUCACGCGUUUUUUGAAAAUUGAAGAUCGGGAGCAGAAACAAUAAAACCUCACCUGGCGUAUAUUUCGUCGCAAAAAUAAAACUUCAUUGCAAAAUAGUCAAUAUUUUUACGAUAUACUAGACCUCUAUGUCUAGUUUAGUUUAGAGUAGGAUGACCUCGAAGAUGCGCGACUGCACAGUCCAGAUUUAACACCCAUUUUGGCAAAGAAACUCUGGUAAAUCCGUCAGAAUGUCAUUGCUAAGAUUGGGACGUCACACGUUAUGCAAGACGGGGAUGGCGUUAACCCCAUUUACGAAAAGCAGUUUGCAAGUCGAGCAGACCUCUGAAGUUUUAAAUUCAGCUCCUGGGACAACAUCCUCCUCAGAUCCCUCAGUAACUUGAUCAGACCUUUGCCUAUAACUUGAUAGCCACUUCACUAUACAGCUUGCUGCUAAAAGCAUAACACUCUUGACUAUUCCUCACAGUUCUCCGAGCUUUCCUUGUUGGCGCUUAAUUCAUCUUUUGCUUGUGUACCAGGUGGGCGUGGUCCCUUUAGAUCGGCCUCACCGAAUUGUGAUAUACCCAUGUGUUGAAUGAUCCCUUAAUUUCGCCUGGUUUUUUUAACGCAUCAGUGUAGUUUUCCUAUUCGUAUGACCUGCUUUUCUGUCUUGACUUUAGAAUUUUCAAAAUUUAAAUUUCAGCCUCAUUGCAGUCCGCUCAUGUAGUAUAUGUCUUUUAACCUUCAUUUGUAGCUUCAAGUUGAGAAUAUAUCAAGCACAAAUGGUGGUUACUAUCAGAGCGUUUCUCAAGCUUUUCGUAGGAUAAUCCAGGAAGAAGGUCUUGUCGGCCUCUGGAAGGGCCACGUCCCUGGACAAAUCCUGUCGGUCGUCUAUACGGGUUCAGAGGUAAGUUCCGCAUCUAUUUCUCUGAACCUUUCAUGACCAGGUCCAGUCAGUAUCUAGGGAUUUUUAGAGAGCUUAUCGACGUUUCAAACCCUACGUGUAAACAUGUCAACAGCUUAGCUGCCUCGUCCGAAUGCUCCGCUAGGUUUUUUUUCAUUCCUGGAUCUCGAUUGACUUCCUCCUGAACUGAGAGUUUACAUAGCCCCAUUCACUAUCUCUUCCCCUACCCAUGGAGUUGUAAUCGUAGUUUGGAGUUGGUGGACGACGUCAGUCUGUUAUAUUACUGUCACGGAUAUUAUAUCGAUGAGACUGUUCGGCACUUAACGACUACUAGGGACGUGCCAUGUCUCAGUAAAGUCGGUGGCCUUUUUCUGUGACUAGGAUAUGCCCGCGUACAGCGUGCAAGCGUCAGCCCAUGGAACUCACAACAAUGUCGCCGUUUUUCGAGUGUUACCACCCCUUUGACGUUAGUGAUGGACAAAUGUGGCAGGAAGACGUACCAGUUUCUAUCUUCCAUAGUUCUGACGUAACUUCGACCUAAUGGCUAGGGACACAGUCUCCACACCGGCGUUGGGCGAUACCGUUGCGCAAGUCAGAAUCCCGACCAUUGAGGACGGAAGACUUGCGUCACCAUUGUGCUUUUAACUUGACUUUCCGGGAUAGAUAGAUUCAUUAGACAACUUGAGCAGGACACCAUGCCGUUUUUUUCACGAAUGCACCCAUCCGCCAAAACAAGUUGUGUCUAAUCCUCGUCGCUUUGGCCUGCUAAGGGCUGUAUUAUGCACAUAAAGGCUGCAGUUCAGCCCUCCAGAGCGAUGCGCAUUGCGUGCCGUAGACCGGGCCAGACGCAAGUGUUUGCGAUAUGUUCGCGAAACCGUAAGUAACUAUUAUGGACUUAUCGACCGACUGACGUUUGUGUUCAGGUGAUUCUGCAGCACUCAUUUAAAGUUGUGGUCAAGUUGACUUUGCUAUGUGUGAAGUGGCUAUUGACCGGAGACGAAGUCCUGAAAUAUGCUUGUGGCCCCUCGUGGUCUUUCUCACCCCCCUGUGCCAGGCCAUUGUCUGCCCAUUGGCCACUCCCACUCAUGUCGUCCGAAACCUCAAUUUCUUAGUGGAAACCAAGCCGGAGUCCUAUUUAUGUACUAAUUGACCCUGAAAUUAGAAGAAUCUAGUAUUUUAGACGUACCAUUAAAUUUAAUUUUCUCUAAAAGAUGUGCGCACUUUUAAUUCUUAUCCCGUUUUGUUGUUGAAAUUUGCGCCUCUGCAGGAUUGGUCACAGUAGACAUGCAAAACUGAUGGUAUUUUCACAUUCCGUUUAAUUCGGGGAAGUCGGAAGAACUUGUUGGAAGAAGUUUCUUUUCCUGCUUAUAAGAGACUGAGACGCACGAAACGUUGGACGCUUACUAUGACGAAUUCACUUUUAAAAUAAUGGGACUGUCAGCUGACGUAAUUUUGUGAAGUGCAUCAUUGGAAGGCCUCACACGACAAAACAACAAGCUAUUACUCCAUACGAACUAGCAUUCUAACGUGAUUCAUUUCCUAAGGUCUUGAUGGGCACUUUUCUGGAAUGGACAGCAACAAGAUAACAUCUUAGAUUCUCUUAUCAAUUUCUCCUCCCGGCAGGACUUAGAAAAUAAUUCAGUCAUCCGAUUUCUGGCGGAUAGGAAUGUUUGUUGUCUGGUGAUGUUGAAUUUUUACUAGAACCCCGGCUGACUGACCUUCUGGCUUAACCUCAGCUCGAGAGACAGCACCCCACUCGCUUACGGGUCGUCAGCCUGAAGGAGCGACGAUUUCUAAUUCCACUUGGAGUAACUUCGAAUUGUAUGUCAGAGAUCAAGGCGACUUAAGCCGUUUUCAUUGUCUAUAACCCCUCGCCCAACAUGUGACAGUUUAGCCCUCGCGAACGACGAGGUCCAUCUUCGCGUAUGUUUAUCUCAUCGCACUCCAAAACAGCUGUUGGGCUCAGUCAGUCUUCUCACCAACGUUCGAAAACUGUCCGACGUAACCUGCGAGCAGUUCAGUUCACCAGUGUUGCAGAAUUUGUAGGUUGAAAUUUAGGUCUGCAAUUAUACUGGAUGCCACCUUGAGUCGUUGAGGGGCCCAUUGGUGAGCCAAACCCCGCAUUGCUGCAUCAGGAAACCACACAAAAUCGGUGAAACACGUGUUGGAACUUUUAGCUAGUAAACGUUUUGGUCAUAUUUUGAAACCGAGUUGUCAAGAAGUUACAGCCGUUUCUUGGCCAAACGGACAGAAUGCGGACGACCUGGGUGUCCAAAUCAGCACUGUUCUCGGUAUUCCCCCUCCUGAAACGAUAUUCAAUCUACCACAAUUCGUUCAUCUGCCUGAUCUGUCCUCCUGCGCUGUUUAAGCUAUGCCAUAGGGAGACGAGCGAAAGCCUGAGACUUAGCUACCUUCGUCAGAGGACGGUAACCCGACUUUAUCUCAAGGAUCUAUCAGACCAUCCCAGAUUGACGACCAUAAUGAUUUGGGCUUUGGUGCCACUCUUAAUCCGUCGUCCAUGCCCACUCGAAGACGACGAAGACGUCAGCUCAGGAUUGCCCAUCAAGAAAUAAAUGCAUUUCUCAGGCCUAUGCUCAUCGUCGCCGGAAAAAAAGGAUGGUCUGAGCCUACCAGACCUAUUCCUGCGCAUGGGGAGGUGCUGUUCGUGCCAUUAUCAAGACCAUUUCUGCUUAGAGGAAUUUGAACUGCCUGUCGUACUAUUUCUGAACGUUGUCAUUGAUGUGUAACUGCUGCUGAUGGUGGUAAUUGAGAGCGUCAGUAACCUAAAAACCUCCACCUAAUUUAUGCACGUUUGAUUUUUUGUGGCUAUGUGCAUUUUGUGUUCCCCACCGUUCGCAAUACCAGGCGUAGCUGUGUUUUGCAUAACGUGCGGAUUAUAACACGUCUUAUGUUGAAAGUGCGUACACGCCCUUUGAGACAUCUUCGAUUCGGACGCUGGAAGUCAAGUCCAGACUAAAUGUCCACCUGGAGUGCGCCAGUGAAGGCGACUUUCUGCCAUUCGCCUCUAUGAAAUUAUUACCUCCACUGGUUGGUUCUUCGUUUAAUUGGUUUUGACAGCUCGACCGUCGUGUCCGACGAAGUCCGCCGUGUGCUCCACAACAAGGUGAGGACAAGAACGGUCACUUACGCGCGAAUUAGCUUAUAGGGAGUGUAGACUUGUGCAGCCUCCACCGCCCUCUCCUCCUCCUCCUCCUCCUCCUCCUCCUCCUCCACCUGAGCCCGGUGUCAAGACAGAGUCCAGAACCUCGGAGGCGGGGGAGGGCGCAGGUGGGUAGCGCGGUCGAGCCGGCGCCUUGGUGCUCCACUCCACAUCCCCUGGUCCACACAAAAACCGACCAGGAUUUUAACCAAAAAUAACAACAACAACAACACGACGGGCCAGAAGGAGGAGGAUGACUGGGCAGUCAUCCCACGACCUGUUUACCCGACGGAAGCGCAGGCGCAUUUACGGGCAGGGAACCAGGUGUCAGAGAACUUCCGGUGCAUAUCAGGCUGCGAGGGCCAUGGUUUGCUAAUUCUGUCGUAGCAGACACUUACAUACCUUUGGGCCCAGAAGGGUGAUGCAUGGCCCUGAAUUUACCUAGGUCGCCACCCUUCAAGGCUGGAUAAACAAACAGUCGUCGACUGAGAGGUCCUACCCAUAAAACACAUACAAAUGCACACGCAAGAUGACCUGGCAGUCAGGCGGCAAAUUGCGCACCCUCUGACAUCGAUCUGGUAAAUCUAGUUAUUACCCAGUGACUUCACUUUAGUUAGGGGUCAGGCGUCUUGUCUUCCAGUCUGGCGUAAGGUUGCAGCAAGGUCGGUAAAUCUUUUCGUUUUUUACUCCUGCUUGAGCUUGUUUUCCUUCUGCGUAAGCGCUGUGCAGGCCUGUUGGCGUGUUGUUGUGGCAGUUACUGUUAGAAAAACCUCGUCUCCGACCCCAUUUCAGCGCACUACUCCAAUCAGACAGUUUUCCUUUAGCCGUGUUGAUCCGUCAAAAGGUGUCUCGAAUGCGCCAAUCAGUGGCAAGGCAAGAUAAAUAGCAGAUUUUCUUUUGCCUCCGCGUUUUCCGCUCGUUAAUCGUUGCCUUAUUGUCGCUUUCUCCCCAGUUCUACUGCUUUCACAAGUUCUCAGAGCUGUCGGCCCGCUAUCUGCACAGCGUUCCUUCAACCUCCAGGGAUCUGGCUUUUGGUAGCUGUGCCGGUGUCGUCUCAAGUGUUAUUUGCCAACCGCUUGAUGUGUUUCGAACCCGUCUGGCCGGCCAGGGUUGCAGAAAGGUAUGUUCUCUUUCCCCUCUCUUUGUUGUUGAAUCACUUCGCCACAUUCUUCUGUGAGCCCUGCUCCGGUUUCCAGUGCCGCAGUUACGACGGCGUGUCAGACACUUUGACAGACAUGGCUUUGUGUUUGCUCUGUUCACGGCCUGGGAGCCCGUGUCUCUCCGUCGCAUCCAUAUACCGAAUUAUGUAUAAUUACUGUCUAUAAUACUCACACCGUCGACGUUAAAAAGGGGUAGAAAGACGGCUUCUAUGACCGUCCUCACGGAAGGUCUUGUCCGUCGGUUCCUUCCAUCUACCUCAAUCUGAUUGCGGGGCACUGGGUCUUUGCACAUUGGUAAAGUUGAGCCAGAAACCUCUCACGCCCUCGAAAACUUUGCCACCUGCACUCCGAGUUCACAUGCAACGUCGUCAUCGGUAACGCCAUAGGAAGCCAGCCAUCCGAGCAGUUAUCUAACAUGGGCUUCAGGUUCGUUAGGGUCAGAGCUCGCCUCCAGUAGGCGUAGACGAAAUCGAGGCGCCGAGGAUUGAUGUACCGUUUGGGUGUUACUUCUCGAGUCAAGGGGAUACGUGUAAGCUGAUAACUAAAUUGACUUGGUGACGGCGUUUUUGUGCUCUUCACUGACUUUGAUUGUCAUUCGGGAGUGAGCCCAAACUCACUUUGCAACGAGUCCAGUGUCUGGUAGUUGUCAGCCAUCUUUGUUGAGAGAAGUUGGUGUCGCGGUGUCCAGUAGUUAUCGCAUGAUGCCUAUCUCGAGCUUGUGCUCAAACUCCGCCUUGUCGAUCUUCAAACGAUCCGGACCAAGACGCUGUGACUGGGAUGAUUUAGAAGGACCUUGGAUGUGGAUGUGGCGGGGGCUGUGUAUAUUGGAUCUGCCUGACUGGUUAGGUGAGAGAAGUGCCUGGGAAAUGAAUGGGAGAAAACCGGUCCAAAUCUCAGCAUGAGAAUUCUAGUUGCAACGUACACUGCACCCGUACAUCGGCCUUAAGUCCGGCGUGGUUGUUUGGUCCUGAGCUCUAAGAUUGUGAUGACGGAGGACUUCGAUCGGCAGUGGACCAGAGAUCGGCGGUAAGUCGAUGACUCUUCCCACCGACUGGCGGCUUGAAGUAUUCUCAGGAGGCCGGAGUCGAUCGUGUCGGAGAGCCGUCCGAAAGUUGUGACGUCGGUAUUGUUAACAAGUGCGAGACGCGCAGAGCUGCGUUUUUUGGUUCCCGGGCCAAACCUCGUUUUCGCCUCUAGUCGCCGCUGGUAACUGCAGUGAUCCAAGCCGUCAAUUGCAUAAUCGCACUACUGAAAUGUGUUGAGCCGGGUUUUUAGUUAACCGCUCUGCCAUCAAAGUCAGAUAGAUGGCGGCUGCGCAUAAUCAAACUUGUCUGUAUAACAGUUAGUGAAAGAAGCGCGAAAAUGCCCUCAACUCGAUUUUAAGGCCAUCAAGCGAACUUCCUGAUUGCACUUAGACUGAUUCAGCCAGCUGCAUGUUGUUGUCCCAUUACAUCAUAGCCUUCGGCGACGGAUUGCCGAGCAGAGUUGAACCCAUUGUCAAGUUGGUCCUGCAGACGCAGGGCUCAGAACACUCAGCAACUUCAAAGAAUUUCAGCCAUGUUAAAAACAGAUUGCCAUGCAAAACAGAUUGCCUGAUUCUCAGUUACUGCCUUUUGCCAUCAGAUCUGAACUGAUAGAGGAUAAGUCAACUUGCAUGGUUCGCUCAAAGAUACCAUGACUUAUAAGGAUAGUACUGUUUAGAAGGAUGGUGGUCAUCGCACGUCGGUGGCAGUCAGAUGCUGUUUACUAUGCCAUCCUCCGAUUCCACUCAUUGUUCAUCCAUAACAAUCCCUCACUGUGUUCAACCGCAGGGCGGUCCACCAAUCCUCGAUGCUUCGAUUUCGUCUACGCCCACACAGAUGACCUACUGGAGGCGAGCUCUGACCCUAACGAGCCUGAGGCCCAUCCUCGAUAACUGCUCUGAUGGCUGGCUUCCUGUGGCAUUACCGAUGACGACGUUGCAUGCGAACUCGGAGUGCCGGUGGCAAAGUUUUCGGGAGCGUGUGAGGUUUCUGGCUCAGCUUUACCGCUGUGCGAAGACUCAGUGCCGCGCAGGAGGAGUUGGACUGACUGUGUGGUUGGUGGACUGAGUCUCGGCAGUUUAAGGUGACACGAAUCUGUCGGCAAGCUCUGUCACUUUAUGGACGCCGCCUUGUGAAACUGUCAAGACCGUCCGAACUUCAGGGCGUUGCAAGGGAAGCUAGCGGAUGAUUAAGGUGUCCGAAUUGUGCUCGCCAACAAACCGUUACAUCUGUCUCUGCACCCGUUAUGGUAUCCUAUCAUUACCGAGUGAGAAUUCUGUGUCCUUGCGCUCGUUAUUGCAACUCGCUUUACUAGAGCCUCCUUCACCGUAAAAAGAGGAGGACAGUGAAUGAGGAGGUCGCACAGGUCCUCGGCAUACUCGUCAAGUUGGCCGUGCUGAACAUGGAUGUUGCGGGCCUAAAAGUUGGUUGACCGCGAGACACCUGGUCGUCGGGGUCUGGGCUACCUCACAGCGAGUCGUCCAGGCAACAUAGGCAGUCUAAUUCAAUUUUCGAGGCCGUAUCCCCUACGGGAUUGCAGUCGUCGCGUUUCGUCAGUUUGGCUGCAUACUGCAUUUUGCGCCUCCAGAGUAUAGCCAACCAUUAGGAAAGAUAAUCCGUUUCAGAUUGGCAAAUUUGAGAGAUCCAAAUGUAAGAAACUGGGCGGACGUUGCAGACUCGCCUACAAGAGUAUAAAUCGGCCACUCGGAGGCUAGAUCCAAACUCUGAACUAGCAACGCACAUUGGAGAAACAGGGCGUACUUUUGACAUCCAGAGAGCUACCAUCUUAGGCCAAGGCAACACAAAAGCAAAACGGCUAAAUCUCGAGGCGUGGUUCUCCGAUGCCCACUCUAUCAACAGGCAUCUGGACCUUCUUGCAGCUUACAAAGUCCUACGUCAUCACAGUCGUAGAGCUCAGGACCAAACAACCACACCGGGCUAAAGAAGGCCAUACGGAGACAGCCCGAUGGCGAGUCUACUGGGUGAGGAAGAACAAGAACCACCAGCCCGACUACUCGACGAAGCGGUGACUCACUAGGCACGCAGACAAAGGGCCCAUCAAACAUCCCCGAUAGGCCGCGGCAGCAAGAGGAGAGAAAACAAAAUCGAUCAGCACGAGGCCGACCAACGUGACAUGCCACCUGGGAUUUCUGGUCGAUUAGGUGCAUUUUAAGCUUUGACAAUGGAGGCCGACCAAGCUCUUCGAAACGUCAGCAUCUAAAUAAACCUGUUCCGGUGAGCCUAUCUUCUUCUUCUUCUUCAGACGAUAAUCCUGCUGGACACUACUGUGGCCGAUGUAUGGGUGCAGUGUCCGUUGCAACCAGAAUUCUCACGGAUGUCAUGCUGAGAUUUGGACCGGUUUUCUCCCAAUCACAUUCACAGACGGUUUACAACCAUAGCCCAUUUGCCGCGAUUGUCCUUAAUGCCUUCUAUUGGCCGGAUUGUUUUUUUCCCUCACCAGGUUUACCAGGGUCUUCUUCACGGAGCAAGAUGCAUCCUCAGGGAGGAGGGUUUUCUAGCCUUUUGGCGUGGUCUGACGCCCACCCUUCUCCUCAUUGUACCCCAGACGGCUCUCAGCUUCGGCAUUUACGAGGGCCUAAAACGCACUUUCAAACCUGGCAAUGCUUCCACUUCCGACACCCCUGCAUCUUACGGUAAGAACAAUUAUGACAAUCACCACCACCACCACCACCACCACCACCACCACCACCACCACCACCACCAAAACCCGUCCGAUAAAAGGUUAGGGCUGCGUGCUGGCUGGAAGGAAUUAGUAUGUUGACUGUAUCGAAUGUCGGCCGCCGCGGCUGCACGACUGGCCCCACGCAUGUGCGACUGUAGCUUAGACCGACAAACGCAUGCCACUAGCCGGUGUGUCACACAGCAGCCCAGCGUGCCAGCUACGCCACCCUUUUGGGGACCACCGCCCAAUCAUCCACAAACACAUUUGCCUAAGUGCAUUUUGUUUGCACCUUAAGAUUCAUUGCAGCGGCCAAGAAGCCAAGCUUGCCUUGAACGAAUGCGCUGAGCCAAUGGCUAUUCGCGCAGCCACUUCAAUCGCUGCAUUCAAAGACGAGGCCAAGUCAUGUAACACCCUGUUUCUGGUGAGCGGUUUCCUACGCUGGAAGAGCCUAGGAGAGCCAACAGCUGCUCUCACACGCUUUCCGAAUUUGAAUUUGCGUCCAGAAUGGAAUUAACCAUAGGGCACUGUGUAAUGAGGCCCAAAAACUCUCUGACACGGCAAGAAACGCCCCGAGUCGUUUGGAGAGCCUGGUGAACUUCCUAGCUCAGAAAACUACUUCGGCGAAACUGGGAGAUUACUUCUGACGCCGGUGGUUGGACAAAUAUCAGCGGUAUGAAGGAAGGACUCCAAAUCCAGAGUCGUUGCCCCAACCCCCCCCCUCCCCCUCGAUGGAAUUUAACCACAGCAUCAGAUUCGAUGACGCCGAAAGUUUCAUGGGAAGUAAUAACCGCGGGAGCUGCAAGCGGUUUAAUUAGCCGUUUUUGUGCCUAUACGACUAACAUGCCAUCAAAGUCUCCUUAAUCCCCUUAUGGACAUCCAUUUUGUUAUUCCGUCCUGCGGGCUAUCGAGAUUGAACUCCAGGACGCGACGUGCCAGUCAUGUUCCUUGCCUCAACUCAUUCGGUGAGCGACUCCCACGCCUGUGUGAUUUAUUUUCGUCAGUAUAAUAGUAAACCCAUUUGUUAAUAGAAGCGAAGAGGCGAGUUCCAGGAAGUAGUCUCGGAGAAGGAAACACGAUCGCUGGAACAAGUGCUUUGUUAGCCAAACGCUUCGAGUUCUCACUCGAAUCCAUCAUCAGAGACACCCAAGAGUCCACACGGAUGACGAAAUCCGGUAGUCAGCCACUCGGCGGCGUGCGAUUAGCGUGGGAACCGAUAAUCUUGGCCGGCAUGCAGGGGCAUAGCAACGGCAUACUUCAACACCUGGCCAGUCGAACUGUGAUGCACUUCGGAGCUGCCAACUGCGAUAGACAGGUAGCGGCCUAGCAACUACAUCCUAUAAAUAUUGCAAUAGAGUUGGCAGCUGGACAAUCCACUGCCCUUAUCGGACACUGUCUUUGAUGAUGGGUUCGAGUGAGAAUCCGAAACGUCAGGUCAGUAAACCCGUUGUCCGAAGUUCUCUAUUUCAUUUCUCAGGCACCGACUCACGCGAAAGAUCUGCAGUCGUCAUUCAUGUUUUUUAAGGGAAUUUCGGAGCCCAGUCCUUUAUUAUCUUCUCAACGUACUUCAUAAGUGUGCGUUCGAACAUAAAUAAAUUAUCUUGACAGACUAAGCAGCGCCCCUUGCGAGACGACAUCUGUCUGCAGUAGCACAGGAUCGUCUGCACAUCGAACGUGCUGUCCAUCACGCAGAGGCUGGUUGUGGAUGGAACACGUGCAUUGCCGUUUGACCCUGAAACUGCGGUCCAUAGUCCAAACGGCCGAAAAGCAGGCUGACGUCACAUUUUUUUAGAGAGUGUUUAGUGCGGUUGUCUGUUUCUUCGAGCACAAAUGUCUGUCGAACAGUGGGGCCUCCAGUUUAACUCAGCGCCUGGUGGUUUGUCGUUUGCAAUAUUUAACUCUCCCUUUUGCGGUCGACAGGCGCUAACAUCUGUGCAUUCCUAUUCCUUCUAGCUCCUCCUCGAGUAAACGAAACUGUUCUGUGUUCCUCACUUGGGCGCGACAUAUAGUCACUCAGAAAUGAGUGAGUUCCCGUCAACUUCUGGCACACACUUCGCACUCCUAUAUUCAUCUUUUCGUGCCUCAUUUUCUUGCAGAUUCAGGGCCCUGGUUGACGCUGCUGACCCCCGCAGCCGGCGCUUUAGCUGGCUGCGUCUCAAAGACAGCCAUCUACCCCUUGGACGUCGUGAAAAAACGUUUCCAGAUUGUGGGUUUUGAGGAGGCUCGCAAGCCCUUUGGAAAACUGCCAAACGUGACGAGGGCAACCCUUACUGGCCAUGAAUCAGCCUCCUACAAAUUCAUAACGGGCUUCGCCUUGCUCCACAUCUGGCGCACUGAGGGCUUUUUGGGCCUCUUUAAGGGCUGGCUACCGUCCAUGCUAAAGGCUGGAGUGAGCACUGCCGCCACGUUCACCUUCUUCGAAGUCUACAAGGCCCUCGUUUCCACGGUUAUGAAAAACAAAGACGUACUUACUUGUUAUAAGUAG